AAAUAAAUAUCCAGUAAAAAAUACUGAACAGAAAAAAAGAUUUAUUUAGAUCUUAAUAAAAACAUUUUUAAUUUAGUUUAAAAAUAUUAAAACUGUAGCUGAAAGUUUCUGGUCCUUUUUGUGACGGUCUGGCUGGUUGUGGUAGCAGCUGCUGGUUCUGGUUCUGAUCCAAUAACAGAAAAUUAUAGAAAAUAUGAAGCUUUAAUAAAACCAUCAAGUUUUAGGAAAUGACAGUUUGGAAUCAUUUGAAAGAAAAUCCUCAGAUUUAUUUACCAGAGUUCAUAAAACAUUUAGAUUUAUGUUUCUUUAUAUUUUUAUUAUCUUUACAUUUUUAUUAUCUUUAUAUUUUUAUUAUCUUUAUAUUUUUAUUUUCUUUAUAUUUUUAUUUUUGUUUGGAUGAAUAAAAAUCUUCAUGAGGAUCAAAAAUAACAAAAAACUGAAUAUUUUUUAAACCAAAACUAGAAACGAUUUCAAAGUUCGACAAAAACAAUAAAAUCUGUAAAAAUGGUGAAUUAAUGAAACCAUCAUCAUUUAUCUGAGGUUCUGGUUCUGGUCGGGUUUGGCAGGACCGGAUCAGAACCACUGAACUGGACGGACUCAUGAAGAACUCGACGAUUUUCUGGAAAAUGUUUAAUGUUUUAUAUUCAUGAUUUUUGUUUCUGUGUUUCAGAAAAUGAAAUUGAGCCGGAUUAUUACAAUCUGGAUUACGACGGAACCAGAGUCUGUCUGGCAACUGGGUUUACCCGACUCAAUGCAACAAUGAUGACACCCGGGUUUCAGAACCAAUCGGCCAGCCAGAUAACGGAUCACAAGGGGGAACCAACUGGUUUCUACAGCCAGGUGGCUUUUCAGGAAGACGGAGAAGAAUGUGAAAACGAAAAACAAGGUGAAGGUGAAAUCACAAAACCAGACCAGUGUGACGCCGAGCUGGAACCAGAUGAGAUGGUGAAUCUGGCCUCCAUCACCAUCUUCGGUCUGAGAAUCAUCUUCAUCAAGACGGUGGCCUUCAACGUCCUGAUGACGCUGCGGCUGUGGACGAGUCAAUGAUUUGUUGAGGAUGAAGGAAACGACCCGGACCGAACCGGACCGAGCCGGACCGAACCGGACCGAACCGGACCGAACCGGACCUGGAGGAUCUGUAGAUAAAAGUUCCUGUUAAAAACGGAAACGGAGCGAAUAUGAAGUUCUAAAGAUUAUUAAAGUCAUUUCUAAUGUUUUAUUCCUGAUGAAUGAAUUAUUGUUUGUUUGUGUAAAUAUUAGUUUCAUGUAAAUCAGAAAUAUGUACUUUACUCUGUGUGGACCUUCAAAAUAAAAUCCCAAAAUAAACGAGA